GAAUUACUCCCCCACUACGUAUUUCCGCUCUCGGUCACACUUCCUUUAGCGCAGAGGCGGACAAGAGCACGGAGGACCGACACAAAUGCUGGCCACCAGAGCUCUUAACCUUGUUGGCAAACGUGCCAUUUCCACGUCAGUGUGUGUACGUGGAGGACAUGGUGUUGCCAAGGUAGAAGACUAUACUCUCCCUGCCUACUUUGACAGGCGGGAGAACCCCCUCCCCGACAUCUGCUAUGUGCAGGACUUGAGUGCAGAGCAGAAGUCCCUGAAGGAGAAGGAGAAGGGCUCCUGGGCUACUCUUUCUAAUGAGGAGAAGAUUGCAUUGUACCGCAUCAGCUUCAAGCAAAGCUUUGCUGAAAUGAACAAGGGAAGCUCAGAGUGGAAAUCCGUGUUUGGAGGGAUGCUGUUCUUUAUCGGAUUUACUGGCCUGGUUGUUCUUUGGCAGAGGAAGUUUGUGUACGGACCUGUCCCCCACACUUUUGAUGCCGAGUACAAAGAGAAGGAGCUGCAGAGGAUGCUGGACAUGAGGAUCAACCCAGUGGAGGGCUUCUCUGCCAAGUGGGACUACGAGAACAAGCAGUGGAAAAAGUAAACCUCCUACAGGACCAUGACAUAAACUUGAAGAUAACAGCAGACCAACACAAGGAUACACACAUACCAAUAUCGCUAUAUUUGUCAGUUGUCCACAUUACCUCAGUCUUUGCGUUUUGGAAGAUCUCUUCCUCUUACGGUCAUUGUGUAUUAUAGAAAUACAAAUAAAAAUUCUUAUGUUGACCCUA